GUGCAGACAAAAAUUUUCUUUAGCCCUCAGCGUCAAAAUGUCAGUCCGAGAGUGUGAAAGUGACAGCAGCAGUGAAAUUAUUUUUGCUAGAAAACGGCUUAGACUGGAUGUAUUUUUAUCCUCUGACGAAGAGGAGGAGGAGAUUGUUGAAGAAUGGCAUGACCCGAGGGGCAAUCAGCCAAAGAUUGUGCCAUUUACACAUCCUUCGGGGUUUAUAAGGGAGCUUAUAGGAUCAGACAUAGCCGUACAAACCAGCUAUCAAUUAUUUGUGCCGGAUGAACUCAUGGAGGAAAUUGCCGAACAAACCAACUUAUAUGCAGCACAAAAAAUAGAAGCUGGAUACACGCAGCGCUUGGCAAAGUGGACAGAAACAAGUAAGUCUGAAAUAAAGAGAUUAUUUGGACUCCUCCUGUGGAUGGGAUUAGUAAAAUUGCCGGCCAUACACCAUUAUUGGUCUAAUGAUCCUGCCUAUUUGCAAACGUUCCCAAGAGCGGUCAUGUCAAGAAACCGAUUUGAAUUAUUACUAAGAAUGCUACAUUUUGCAGACAACAAAAACGAUAAUGGUUCCAAUCGUUUAUAUAAAAUACAACCAAUUAUAGACAUUUUGGAGACCAAUUACAAAAAAUAUUAUAAUCCGACCGAGGAUAUAUGUAUUGACGAGUCCUUGAUUCCAUUUCGUGGCCGCAUUGUAUUUAGGCAAUAUUUAAAACAAAAGCGCCACAAAUAUGGAAUUAAAAUUUUUAAGUUGUGCUGUGGAUCGGGAUACACCUAUGCUUUCCGC